AUGCCUCCCUCCACCAAGAAGCGACGAGCGGCCGAAGACAGCGACGACGAUGCCCCCCAAUCCUCCGUCGCAAAGAAGAACAAGAGCGCCGCUGCUGCCAGUGCGCCGGAUGGCAAAGACGACGAGGGCAAUCCAUACUGGGAGUUGUCCAACAAGCGACGCGUGGGAGUCUCCCAGUUCAAGAAGAUGUGCCUCGUCAACAUUCGCGAGUACUACGAAAAGGACGGAAAGAUGCUCCCCGGCAAGAAGGGCAUCUCCCUCUCUGUCGAACAAUACCUUGCGCUGAUAAAGGCAGCUCCCGGUAUCAACGCGGCGUUGCGGGCGAUGGGCCAGGAGGUUGACGAUCCCGACGAGAUGGAUAUCGAAGAGCCCAGCGUGCCCAAGGCCGCCAAAAAGACCAAGUCGGACAAGUCCAAUAUCGAAGCGACCAGCGAUGAGGAUGAAGACGACGACUAG